UCUCCAUCUGGAAUCGUGAUGUGUGAAAUGUAAAUCGUUAUUUUAUGAUUUCGAAAGAGAUCUUGGUGAUUUCCUGAAUAUUCUGAUUUUAACAAGGAUAAUCUUAUUGAUAUAUCUGAUUAUUAAGUUAUAUUUAAAGCUAAGCCAUGACACGGGAUAUAUAUUACUCAGAGAAAUAUUACGACGAUGACAACGAGUAUCGGCACGUUGUACUACCAAAAGAAUUAGUAAAGUUGGUGCCGAAAAAUCAUUUGAUGUCGGAGCAGGAGUGGCGUAGUAUUGGGGUUCAACAAAGCCAAGGAUGGGUCCAUUACAUGACACAUCAACCAGAACCCCAUAUUUUGUUGUUCCGAAGAAAGAGGACAACACCACCAGAGAAAAAGUAAAAUGCUGUUCUAUUUUAAAGUGUACAUACAGUUCUUCAACAUGAGAUGUAAGAGUGUUGAUGCUAGUUUUGUGUUUUUCCAACUUACUCUGCUAGUUUUAAAUUAAUUAUAAUCAAGUGAAUGAUGGUAUCAGCUUUAAUGUUCCCAUGGCAAUCUAAUUUUGCAGGAACAACUUUAUAACCAGUACCACAUAUUGAAUGAAAUGUUCACAAACACUACUAAGAACCUCUGCUUUGUAGCUUAGAACAUAUGUUAUUGUCUUCUGUGUAGCCAAUGAUAUAUAAAUUAAAGAGAUAUUUUAUUUGAACAUGCAUAGCAUUACUGAAAACCUACUUGAGAUCUUACUUAGUAUGUGUGAACCAAGAUGAAAAAGUAUAUAACACUGUUACAAAUAAGUUUUGGAUGUUCUGUGAAUAUUAGACACCUAUUUAUUAUCAUUUUUAUAUCAUAUAUCAUUUUUAGUAGCAAAUUGUUUGGUGUUCAUAUUAAAUUCAGAUAUUGCCGGGGUCCUGCAUAAAAUAUAAAAUGUAUUGCCAUGAGAACAAGCUGUUAUGAGAUGCUCAAAGUUCUGUAAUAAUAAGUCACUAUGAAUAACUUUUGUCUAUAUUCAAGCUAGAGCACCUGUAGAAAUAUUGAAGUGGUUAUGAUAUGAGCCUCAGAUCUAGAAUGUAAAUUUGUUUAUGUCUUCUCUUUAGUUGUAAAGUUAAGGGGAUUUGUGUGCCAGAGAAAUGUGAUAAUUGUUUUUCUUACUGUAAUUUACCUUACAUCAUUAACAAAUUAGAAAUAUUAUGCUUCAAGUAAUAGACCUAGACUGAAGUUUAUAGUUAGCAAAUAUGAAAACAGUCAACUGGGUUAAUUCGUUAAAUAAUGAAGUUAUACAAUUUAAGUUGAAUGGUAAUAGUAUAGUUUAUAGAAUUAUGAGAAUAGGUCCUCAAUCAACACAUGGUGGUGAACUAUUCUUAUCUAUUAACUUAGUUCCUUGAUCUCUCACUUUUAUUAUCAACUGAUGUGGUCAAGGUGGGAUUAACACAAAUAUUCCCUCAUGACUCACUUUGAGACUAAGUAAAUGUAAUUUUUUGUUAAUUCGUACAUGACAUAGCAUAAACAUAUAAAAUAUUUUUUGAAUGAUAAAGUUCUAAGACAUUUCUCAAUUUGAAAUAAUGUUUAUAGUGAUGGUUACAAUCAACAGAUAGUUGUGUUUUAUUCACAUUUAAAGUAAACAUAUUUAAUUAUUAGUAGUUUUCAAAUGACUUUUUGGAUUCACUAUUUUGGUUACUCUGUAAUUUUCCACAAGACUUUGAAAUAAUUUAAACUUAAAAGUCAAAAAAAAUAUACAGGCUACAUACAUUUACCUAUAAUAUGUUUUCAUUUAAUACUAUCUUACUCUAUGUACCCUGGCAAUUUAAUUAUUAAGUAACCCAAUGUGGACAGAUUUUUUAAAGUUAAGUGGAAUACAUUUUGCUAGGACGAAACAUUAUUUGAUCUAUGUUGUUUCAUUUCAAUGCAUAUUUUAAAACUAUUAAAUAUUUGUGAAUAUAAAAUGCAUGAUGCUAAGUUAUUUUAAUACUAUGAUAAUGAUAUGUGAUAAACUUUCAUCUUAAUAGCAUUGUCUUUGGAAUUAUUUGUGUGUGUAGUUUUAUGUUAGAAAAUAAUAAUGUUAUGUUUGUCUGAACAUUGUGAAACUGACCCUGUAUUGGACAUGUUAUUUGUACAUUAUCUAAUCAAUCUUGCUUUUGUUAAAUUGAAAUCAAAUUGGCUACAAAUAAAUUAUUUGGUGCUAUGUU